AUGGCAAAUACAACGCCCGGGGCCGCCUCGGCUCCUAAACCAAGCAGCAGCGUCAAGCUGGUGUUGCUCGGAGAGGCGGCGGUGGGAAAGUCGUCGCUUGUACUACGAUUUGUGAACAACGACUUUCAAGAAAACAAGGAGCCCACCAUCGGAGCCGCCUUCCUCACGCAAAAGAUCUCCCUGCCGAACCGAAUCAUCAAGUUCGAAAUAUGGGACACAGCCGGCCAAGAACGAUUCGCCUCCCUCGCACCGAUGUACUACCGCAACGCCCAGGCCGCCCUCGUGGUCUAUGACCUCACCAAACCCACCUCCCUCAUCAAAGCCAAACACUGGGUUGCCGAGCUCCAACGUCAAGCCUCACCGGGCAUCGUCAUCGCGCUGGUGGGAAACAAACUCGAUCUGUGCACCGAUGCGGAAGGAAGCGGCGAUGCCGAAACCGCACCCUCCGAAGGCGGAGGCGACGCAGAGACGGGCGCAGAAGGCGCCGCGGCAGACGUGGAGGCCGAUACACAGACAGAUAACAAUGCGCGAAAGGUGCCGAAGAGGGAAGCAAAAGCUUACGCCGAGGAGGAAUCACUGCUCUUCUUUGAGACGAGUGCCAAGACCGGUUCGAAUGUGGCGGACGUGUUUACCGCGAUUGCCAAUUCGAUCCCCGAGAGCAGUCUGAAGAGCGGUCGGGGUGGUGGUGGUGGUGCCGCGGGCGCGACGCAGGCGGCGUUGAGCGGGGCGGCCAACAGAGCCGAAGAGGCGAGGGUUAAUCUGGGCGAGAGAGGGAAGGUCGUGAAAGAUAAUUGUGCCUGCUGA